AUGUUCUACGUGGAACACUUCUUCCAUCUAAAGGAGGUGGAGCACAGUUUGGAAACAAGCAAUACGAGCCCACCGGUCUGGUCUCGACGAAGGCGUGUUUUCUUGGCUUCCAAUGACGCAGCGGUCUUUCACGAGGCCAAAACUCAAUACUCAAGAUACGAAUUUAUUGGCCGACUGAGAAACGGAAGUUCCAUUAAUAAUCGUACAUCUUGCCAAGGCGUGUUUGACAUGACUGUGAAUCUGCAUCUUUUGAUUGCGGCUGACUUCAUCGUCUGUACAUACAAUUCUAACGUUUGUAGACUGGCCUAUGAACUUUUGUUGAUGAAGUCACCGACUUAUUUUGAUGCGGCAUUCCAGUCCAGUCCAGGUUCAACCCAAUUCAUAAACAAGCGGUGGUGGAGAGCCAUUGCGGACUUCGAGCGAGAGGGCGUCAAGCUAGGAGAUCAGGUUUCUAUCGAAUCAACCAAAUGGGAUGGAUUCGUGCAAACGGAAUGGAAGUUAAACGGAGCUCGCAACAUUACAAUGCUGGCAUACCUACUUCAAGAGAUUUUUGAAACUAUCUUGUAA